AUGUCUCACCGCGGUGCUCGCACGGUGUACCAGGGAGGCAGCCCUGCCCCGUGUCCCUUCCCUGUCAACUGUGAGCAGCUUGUUGUCAAACGAAGAAGGCAGUCUGUCCUAAUGAAAGAAUGCAAGGUGGGGGUCCACGUCAAGGGUUUGCGCCUUCCAGGGUCCAGAAGAAGCAGUGCGGUCUUGGCCGGGGUACGAGGGGUGACGGCCCCACAUACCCCAGCCCGCCGCCUGCAUCAUCGUUCGGCACCCACUCGGACACGCUCUGCCUGUGCCCUGCGCUGCCGCGCCAUCUGCGACAGGGCCUUGGCCUCCCACUUGGGGUCCACCGCCCGGUUGAAGAAGAUGGCGGGCUCCAGGAUGGGCAGCGCGCCCGUGGGCGUCAGCGCGGGUCCCCCGCAGGCGGGGCUGGUGUGCAGCUCGCGCAGCUGGACCGCGGCGUUGCACAGCCCGGCGCAGGAGGGGUAG